AUGGCGCAAGUCCAGCGCCUCCAUGCAACUAUCAUCGCUCCCAACACCGUUCCAACCCAACCAGGCCUGCUCGAGUCCGCAGUCCACUCGCCCAUUAACCUGAAGCACUACACUAACGAGGAAGACAUCUUCCAACUCGCAGCCAACCUCUCUGGGAAAAUCAUGAAAAACCACGCCUAUCAGGACGGUAAUAAACGCACUGCUCUUGUGGCCGCUGACAUGUUCCUGAAAAUCAACGGGCAUCAUCUCCGAGGCGGUUUGUGUACCAAGAACGGUACUCUCGCUGACGCUCAGGUUGCUCUUGUUACUAAGCAGAUAAGCACGGAAGAGCUAGGCAGGUACUACAAGUCUGUGGCCAGAUCAUGCUGA